AUGGAGUUCAGUGACAAAAUUGGAGAGCAACGGGGGAGUUACACACGAGUACCCACGACUUGCCAGGGAGAUGCCUCGCUUUGCCAAGCCUGCCCGUGUCUGGCAGGACAGAAUCGCUGGACGGGUGCGCCCGAUGUCGUCGGACCAGUGAACGGACUGCCACCAACAACGUGGCGCGGCGCCACUUGCAUGUACUUGGAAGUACCCAGGUCAGAGUCCGUACCCAACCCACCGACCACGGCGAGAUUGCGUGCGGGUGGCUGUCCUGCGAUGGUAUCAAACCUGCGCGACGGGGCGAUGCGGCAUGGCGGCGGCUGGGAAGCGCGCCUAUUGUGCGGGAGCCCUGCACCAGAGAGUCCGCACGAGGUCGCCUCGAUCAAACAGAAGCAUCGGAUCUCGAUUCUGGCUCGAAGGGGCCGGAUGCCAGCAAUCGCCCACCACUACCACAAGGGGCAAUCUUGA